AUGUUGAGCGCCGUACGAAAGAUUGUAAGUGGCGAUAAUGAUGUUAAGAAGUUAGUUCAAAGGUAUAACAAAGACUUAUCUUCCAUAACGAAUAAGAUACAUGACUACGAAACGAAAUUGAAGGGAAUCGAAGAUAGAGCCAAAAGUUUACGUGCAACAGUAACUUAUUAUUAUUUGACGUUAUUGGUUUGCAUAAUUGCAUAUGUUUAUUUGAAGUAUUCAUCUUCGCGUGCUAUCUUAUGCAGCAUUGUAGCACUAGCUUUACUAAUAUGCAUAAGGCUUGCCAUAACAAGAUUCUAUCUCAUGCUCAAUAAAAAAUAUGAGUCGAGGCUCUCAGCAUUAAUAUCCUUACAUCAAGAGAAGAUGGAGGAAUUGAAACAGAAAACGAAUUUCUAUCACACUAACUCACUAAUUCAACGGUACUCCAGCGGUGAAAGUGGAUCUGAUGAUUUAAUGUUACUAAUGGACGAUGAAGUGAAAGCGAAGCAUGAACAACUAGAGAAGCUUAAGAUGGAAUUGGAACAAUUGCGCACAAAUGAGAAACAGAAGACUCAAGAUGUUGAAGCACGUGAGAAAUGGUUCGAUAAAGCCCUAGGUAUACUAGCAGGUGGUGAUGACAUAAAAACAUUACAACCAUCAAUAUCGUUAAUAGUUUGUUCACAAUGUAAAAUGUCCUUUGGCUGCUACUCAGUAGCUGGUGUACCGUUCCAAUACGUGUGUUCCAAUUGCGGAUCCAAACUAGCUACAAAGCCCUCGAACACAGCCGCACCAGCUAGUAGCAAAAGCGAGGCCUCUGACACACUUCAUGAAGUUCCAGAACUAGAAGAGAAAUGA